AUGUCAAACGACGCUGACCAGUCUUCUCCAGUAAAAAGGCUCUCGCAAGUGUGCAUCGACGCUGCCCAUCAAAUGGUGUUAUUUGCCGAUUUGCUCGGUGAAAUGCCAGCACAACUUGCGGGAAAGAAGUCAAGACAACCAAGAGCACCGGAUAUGCCCAAGUAUCCAAAGUCAUCCUAUAUUUUGUUCAGUGAUGAUCACCGCCAAGAAACCAGGAAGGAGACAAAAAGUGGUAAAGCCAGUGAUGUUGUGACGUUGCUUGCUCAAAAAUGGAACGCGCUUAGUGAUGCAGAAAAGCAGCCCUACAUCAUCAAGGCCAAGGAAGAAAGGAAACGCUAUGAAAUGGAGAUGGAGGCACACUGCGCAAAGUUGGCCGCCGAGAGUCUAGGUGGAGAGCCUGUUGCUACAACAACAGCAACCUCAUCCAAUGAUGACAGCUCGCAUAAGAGUGAUGGCGAUGAUCAAUCCACAAAUGACGAUGGUGAUGAUUCCUCGGAUAAUGGUGAUAGUAGUGAUGACGAUGAUACCGAUGAUGAUGAUACCUCGUCCAGUGAGACCGAUACAGAAUCAAGCGACACGGGCUCAUCAGCAAGCCAAAUUAUCGAAGCACCUCAGCAGGUCCCACCACCCCAAAACGUCACUAACCCAAAGGAUGCUGCUGCCAAAAUGAAGGAAUCCGUUGUUAAGCCCACCGAAAAGGCCACGCAACUUGUCAUAAACAAGGACAUUGUCAAGCACAAUAUCGCUUCCAAGCAACUUGACAAGGGGAAGCAACCUGCCAAACCCAUUGAAAAGCAACCUACCAAGCCCAAUGAAAAUCAAUCUGCCAAAUCCAUCGAAAAGCAGCCUGCCAAACCCAUUGAAAAUCAAUUUGCCAGAUCCAUCGAAAAGCAGCUUGCUAAAUACAUUGAAAAGCACUUUACCAAGCCUACUGGAAAGCGUUCCCACGAGAGCAGCAAACGCCCCAGUGCUAGCACUUCCUAUGAUCCACAAUCUAGCAAGGCGAAAAAGCCAAAGCAAUUCAGACAUUAG